AUGCCUUCUAAGAUCUACUUCCUGUUUCUCCUCUUUCUAGCAUAUCCUCGUCAACAUGCAUGUGUGAAUGGAGAUGCCACUUUGAUCAAGAGAACUUGCAAGAACACCAAGUACUACAAUCUAUGCUUCUCUUCCCUCAAAUCCGAUCCAAGUAGUCCAAACGCAGAUCCUAAGGGCCUAGCUGUGAUUAUGAUUGGGAUUGGAAUGACCAAUGCCACCUCCACUUCCUCCUACUUGUCUUCCAAGUUGCUUAGCCCCUCCAACAACACAACCUUGAAAAGUGUCAUCAAGGAGUGUGCAGAUAAGUACACAUAUGCUGGUGAUGCCCUCCAAGCUUCGGUGCAGGAGUUGCUUAAUGAGGCUUAUGACUAUGCUUACAUGCACAUAACUGCUGCCAGAGAUUAUCCAAAUGCUUGCCACAACGCUUUCAAACGGUACCCGGGUUUGACUUAUCCUCUAGAUCUUGCUCGUAGAGAAGAUGGUUUGAAGCAUAUCUGUGAUGUGGCAAUGGGGAUUAUAGAUAAUCUUGAUUGGUAG